AUGGCCUCGCUGACGAUCCGCAACCUGUCGACGACGCCGCUGGAGUUGACGCUGGUGGAGCGGUUCGAGGCCUCGUCAGCGCGCACGAGCGGGCGCGGGGCCGUCUGGGGGCUGCUGCGACUAUCGUCGAGCCUGGUGGGCAGCGGUGGCGGCGGCCGGUGCGUGCCGCUGGCGACGAUGCGCUCGAUGCACGGCAGCGGCCACAACGGACUGCUGCCGCGGACAGGCGAGCCUCCGUUUGCGCGAGACGAGGUGACGGGCGUGCGCGUGGCACCCUUUGCGUCGCAGCUGACGUACAUCCGGGCGGCGGAUCCGGAACGCGAGGUGCUGCGGCUGACGUUUGCCGCCGAGAUUGCGAGAAAACGGCCAUCGACGCAGCAGCUCGAAACGGUGAUCCGUCGGUACACCGUGGACAUUCCAGCAGCAUCGCCGCGCAGCAUCGAACUACGGCCGCUCGACGCGGAACAGGACGGGCCGCGGCCAGACGACCCCGGCAGCAUAGACGCAGCGGCGACCCCGGCCUUUACAGCGGUAUACUCGGUGCACGGAGCACAUCUGGCGGUCAUGAGCAGCGCAGCGUUGGGCUCGUGGAUGGCGACGGUGGACGGGACGUGGCCGCUCUCGAGCCUGUCGCUGCCGGGGACCCACAACAGCCCGGCGUGCUACAUGGCGAUGCCGUCGGUGCGGUGCCAGGCCGUGGACGUGCCGACGCAGCUGGCCAACGGCGUGCGGUUUGUGGACGUGCGAGUGAACGCGACAGCACACGCACAUCCGCACGCAGAUCCGCGCAUGGCUCUGGUGCACGGGGCCUUUGCCGUCAGCGUGGCGGGCCCGACCUGGUUCGCCAAUCUGUACGGCAGCGUGUGUGCGUUUCUGGAGGCGCACCCGACCGAGACGGUGCUGAUGAGCAUCAAGCGCGAGGGCAGUGGCCGCGGCACCGACGCCGACGUGGCCCGCAACCUGCUCGGCUGCUACGUGCAGCCGCGGCCGGACCGCUGGUACACCCGGCCGCAGAUCCCGACGCUCGACGAGGCCCGUGGUCGUAUCGUGCUCGUGCGGCGCUUCUGCCUGCCACUCGACGAUGCCGCCUUCCGCCAGCCGGACGGCCGUGUUGGCUGGGGCAUCGACGGCUCUGACUGGCCCGACAACUGCGCCCAUGGCAUCGCGGCCGAGGGCCGCCUCCACCUUCAGGACUACUACGGCGUCAAUGUGGCGUCCAGCAUCCAGCGCAAGAUCGAGUACGCCCGCGCCCACUUUGAGCGCGCCGCCAGCCAGCACUUUCCCGCCUCCAAGACGAUCGCUGGUGCUGCGGCCGCUGCUGCUGUCACCACCACCGCUGCUGCUGCCGCCUGUCCGCCCAUCUUUCUCAACUUCCUCAGCGGCAGCAAUUUCUUCAACAAGAGCUGCUGGCCCGAACGCAUCGCUGCCCGCGUCAACCCGGCCGCCAUCGAGUACCUCUGCAUGCGUCACGGCGUCGCUGCUCAGGGCCCCGCCAACCUCGACGUCGGCGACGGCUCGACUGGCAUCGUGGUCACCGACUGGGUCGGUCUCGACGGCGACUGGGACCUCGUACGCUGCAUCGUUGCGUGGAACGCUAGACUACAACUAAAGCAGCAGUAG